GGGCGGGCCGGGGCGGGCCGAGGCGAGCGGGGGCGGGGUCUCGCGCCGUCCCGGGGCGGCUCUUAGGGCCGGGCCCGCGCUGGAGCCGUGGACACCCGUCGUCGCUGUCGCCGCCGCCACCUUGGCUUCUGCUGCCACCGCCGCUGCCGGUCGCCACCAUGAACCAGGAUCUUCGCAGGGAGCGGGAAGCCGCCAGCUUCAACCCGGAGCUGCUCACGCACGUCUUGGACGGCAGCCCCGAGAACACCCGGCGCCGCCGAGAGAUCGAGAACCUGAUUCUGAAUGACCCAGACUUCCAGCAUGAGGACUUGAACUUCCUCAGUCGCAGCCAGCGUUACGAGGUGGCUGUUAAGAAGAGCGCCAGCAUGGUGAAGAAGAUGAGGGAGUUUGGCAUCGCAGACCCUGAAGAAAUCGUGUGGUUUAAAAAAAUACAUUUGGUCAAUUUUGUGGAACCUGUGAGCCUCAAUUACUCCAUGUUUAUUCCCACCUUGCUGAAUCAGGGCACCACUGCUCAGCAAGAGAAAUGGCUGCUCUCCUGCAAAGGAUUGGAGAUAAUUGGCACCUACGCCCAGACGGAAAUGGGCCACGGAACUCAUCUCCGAGGGUUGGAAACCACAGCCACUUACGACCCUGAAACUCAGGAGUUCAUUCUCAACAGCCCUACCGUGACCUCCAUCAAGUGGUGGCCUGGUGGACUUGGAAAGACCUCAAAUCAUGCGAUAGUUCUUGCCCAGCUCAUCACAAAGGGCAAGUGCUACGGAUUACAUGCCUUCAUCGUACCGAUUCGUGAAAUUGGGACCCAUAAGCCUUUGCCAGGUAUUACUGUUGGCGAUAUCGGCCCCAAAUUUGGCUAUGAUGAGAUGGAUAAUGGCUACCUGAAGAUGGACAAUUAUCGUAUUCCCAGAGAAAACAUGCUGAUGAAGUAUGCCCAGGUGAAGCCUGAUGGCACGUACGUGAAGCCCGUGAGUAACAAGCUGACCUACGGGACCAUGGUGUUUGUCAGGUCCUUCCUCGUAGGAGAAGCCGCUCGGUCUCUAUCCAAGGCUUGCACCAUCGCCAUCAGAUACAGUGCUGUGAGGCACCAGUCUGAGCUCAAGCCAGGUGAACCAGAACCACAGAUUUUGGAUUUUCAGACCCAGCAGUAUAAACUCUUCCCACUCCUGGCUACUGCCUACGCCUUCCAGUUUGUCGGCGCGUACAUGAAGGAGACCUACCAUCGGAUUAAUGAGGACAUUGGCCAAGGGGACCUGAGUGAACUGCCCGAGCUUCAUGCCCUCGCCGCCGGGAUGAAGGCUUUCACCUCCUGGACAACUAAUGCUGCCAUCGAAGCUUGUCGGAUGGCUUGUGGCGGGCAUGGCUAUUCUCACUGCAGCGGCCUUCCAAACAUUUAUGUCAAUUUUACCCCCACCUGCACCUUUGAGGGAGAGAACACCGUCAUGAUGCUGCAGACGGCUAGGUUCCUGAUGAAAAGUUAUGACCAGGUGCACUCAGGAAAGUUGAUGUGUGGCAUGGUGUCCUACUUGAAUGACCUGCCCAGUCAGCGCAUCCAGCCGCAGCAGGUCGCGGUCUGGCCGACUGUGGUGGACAUCGACAGCCCCGACAGCCUAACGGAAGCCUAUAAACUCCGCGCAGCCAGAUUAGUAGAAAUUGCUGCAAAAAACCUUCAAAAUGAAGUGAUUCACAGAGAAAGCAAGGAGGUAGCAUGGAAUCUAACUUCCAUUGACCUUGUUCGAGCAAGCGAGGCACAUUGCCACUAUGUGGUAGUUAAGCUCUUUUCAGAAAAACUCCUCAAAAUCCAAGAGAAGUCCAUCCACACUGUCUUGAAGAAUUUAUGUCUCUUGUACUGCCUGUAUGGAGUCAGUCAAAAGGCAGGGGACUUUCUGCAGGGAGGCAUCAUGACGGAGUCUCAAAUUACCCAAGUAAAUCAGCGCAUUAAGGAGCUGCUGACUGUGAUUCGCCCAGAUGCUGUUGCUUUGGUCGAUGCGUUUGACUUUCAGGAUGUGACACUCGGCUCUGUGCUCGGCCGUUAUGAUGGGAACGUGUAUGAAAACUUAUUUGAGUGGGCCAAGAAGUCCCCACUGAACAAAGCAGAGGUCCAUGAAUCUUACCACAAGUAUUUGAAGCCCCUGCAGUCCAAGCUCUGAAGGGUCAUGAUGAGAAGUUUCAUUUGCUCCAGAAAGCAGCUGUACUCCGCUCCCCUUAUACUCAUCACACAAAUCUGCUUGGAAUCUCUAUCAAAUUCAGAGAGCUAUAGAGCAAAUGAUAAAUUGAGCCCUUUCCUCUUUUUAUAAAUGAAGAAAAAAAAUGGACAAAUUUCAGAGAUUAAAUGAGAAAAACAGAUGUGUUUUAAGUGCAAUUAACACUGCAAGAGACGUAUUGAGCAUCAGAAGAAGCUUUAAGAAAUGCAGCAUGCCUUCCAUUUGUAGUGCUGCUGGUUCCAGUAGGCCAUGACUUUUGAUAACUAGUAGAAUUUAACUACUGAGUAGUUAAUUAUUUUCACCUCUUAAUUGCUAAUCACUGGAUAUGUAAGUGUUUUUAAGCAAAGGUAUUUUUUAAGCGGGGUACAUAGAACCCUUCCCGGCUUUUCUGUUAAACGUUCCUGUCAUGGGCCCUGGCUAAGAAGCAGGACUGAAGAAAAGGGAUAUGGGGAAAGAAACUAAUCAAGACAUUUAGUGUGAGUGAGUUUGUGCCCGACACGUUGACGCGACGUGCCCAUUUGCCCCGCUUUGCCGACCUGGUAUUUCCACCUAACUAUUCACAGUAGCACCUUUCCAGCAUGAGGACUUCUUCGACUUCAGCACAGGCCUAGAAUAGGAUCACUGUCCCGCAUAAUUAGGAGUUACUCUUCCUUCCACUCGAGGGAUCCCUAAAUCGUCUGUGCAGUAGCAUUGCAAUUCACUUUGUCCCAAACUUCUUAGGAAAGGGCAACAAGCAAAAUCAUCUCUGCAUCUGACUUCUAGCAACUGAUGGCACCUCUGGUCGUGUGGUGUUUCCUCUCCCACCCCUUUCUCUGUCCCGAAAGAGAUCCUAAGAAAGGAAAGGAAGGGGUCACAGUUCCUUCAUAGUAGAAUGAGUAUGGGGAGAGCUCUCUCAGGUAUGGUCACUGUGACUGUGGUCCAUACUAACUGGAUAUUCUGGAACAAUCUAGAUUUUUCAAUAGUCUAUUACAGCGCUUGGAGGUUACAGUGUUUGGCAUUAUAAAAUAGAAGCAUCACUCAGGCCACCUCUUCCACCCAGGGCGCGCACAGAAAACCCCUUUGACAAACCACGGCUUCUGAUUUUGGAUGUAAAUCAUCGAAUCAAAAUAAUCAUCGAAACUAUGGCUAAUGGAUAAAUGCCAGUUUCACAGAAUCUCUCUCUUACUGUACAUUGGCUUUAUUUUCAGUCUGUUCCUAGGAGAUUGAUCAGAAUUGCAACAUUGUCCUUUGAGCCAAAAUCUAAUUUACACAAUCACUCUGCAUUUAAAAGUGAAACAUGGACCUCCUAAUGAAGUUUUUUCUUAAAAUCAAUGUAAAGCAACACAUUAGCUGAUUUUUUGUUUUGUUGUGUUUGUUUUUUCUUUUACCUGUUAACUGUAUCUGUAACUCCUGCCUCAUGAAUCCAGUUGUUCCGUGAUCAGGCUUGAGAAUGUAGGAUAAUUCAGGGAAAUGUCUCCCUACCUUGGGACCCAACAUAAAAACUAUCCCAGUGGAACCAGUUAUAUGAGAUUUGCAGGUCCCACAGAAAUGCUGUUGACACAAGCCUUAAUCCUUCCAUCAGGAAAGCUGCUUGGGAAUUGUAAGACUGAAGUAAGCAGUCUAUUAAUUUCAUUGGAAUAGAUCUUGACAGUAGUUGAGAUUCUGGGAAAUAAAAUAGAUUUAAAUUGCUU